ACCUCUACAUGCGUGACGUGAACUAAGACGUAAACGAUUGAAUGACAGUUUUAGGAUAUUAAAUUACUAAUAAAAUUGUUAACGAAGCAAAGUAUUUUUACAUUUUAUAAUUUUUAUUACGAUGGAAUAAUCUUUCAACUUCGACGUAAAAAUAUAAGUGUUUAUAAAAUUUUCAGACUAUCAGUGACAGUCACGUUUGUUUAUUGGUUGAACAUCCGCCAUUUUGUACUGUCGUUUGUUUAGUGACUGUAUCUUUUUACCUAGUGAUGCUGUAUAAUUUCACUAAAAAUAUAUAACGCGAUUUUGCAAGUGGUGUACAAUGUUUUUGCUAGAAACGUUGAUUUCAAGGGGUAAAAAUUAAAUCGUGUGACUUGUCAAUCUGACGUCGGUAUAUCCAUCUACCUAUGUGCCGGAUGUGUCCUACAAUCGGUUAGGCCGAUUUUACGUGCCACCUUGAGUGGUGUACGUGUCCCGAUACCUAUGCUGCCAAGAAUAUGAGUGGCAACGGGAAUCAGGUGCCGUUGGCGCCGAGUCAGCGCGGGCCCGGACCUUACCCACGGGCGUCAACACCACAUCGACCGGUGGAUUGUUUCCAUUCGACGGGCGGUGCAGCGGCGGGGUAUAUGCAGAACGCGGCUGGCGGGGCACAAACAUCGGGACAAGCAGCGCUAAGGGUCCAACAAACGCCGCAACCGUCCGCUCCGCCAGCACCGCAGCAGGACAUGUCAAAGACCACCAUGGCUGGUCAUAGCUUCGUGGCUCCCCAAAAUCAGACCCCACAAAAUCGGCCCCAGUAUAAUUACCAGUACAGAACGGCUCAACACGGGACACGACCUACAUCCCAUCAAAGGCAACAACAACCGUUUAUCGCUGGCGCUACGGCUCCUACAACAGGGCCAAUGAUGUACAAUGUACAUCCAAUUGUAUUCCAGCCGACGCACAUGGGAAUGCAGACAUACCAACCACGCUCAAAUAGUCCAGGAUAUUUCCCUUAUAUGCAUCAGUAUUUGGGUUACAGCAAUCCAGCUGCGAGCCAUACACCACCAUAUUAUUACCCAAACCCAAAUGGUCAGCCACUACAGACAGCUAAUAUACAAGGGAAUGCUCCUGGAGGUAGAACCAAUCCUACGACGCCUUUGGUGGGUCCACAAGGAACUCCAGCCACGCCGGCAGCACAAGCCUCUUCUCUGCCACAUCCACAAGCGCCAACGCAAUUUACCCAAGCGAUGCCUGGAAUCCGGACUACUCAAAUGGCACCUAAACGUAGUCACAGAGUGCCAAUUAUCAAUCCUGAUACUAAACAAGAAAUUUAUGUAGAAGAAAAUCCUAGUGGCGAUUCUAGUGGCAGACAAACACCACAAACAGAUCAACAAACACACAGCGCUGCUGAAGAAUUUACUAGGAAAGUAAAUGAAAUAAUAAAUCAGCCAAGUGCUGUUGAAUGUUCUAAUAAAUUAUCGAAGAAUAAUGAAAUUCCAAUUACGACAACGCCAAGUUCGCAACAAGUUCAAUCCAAUAUAACAAUGACUUCUAUAAAUAAUAAUAAUUUAAUAAAAGAUAUAGUUCUUGUGAACGAAAAUAAAAAUUUAGGACUUGAUGUUGCUAUAGAAUCUAAUGAUACACCUGUGGUGUCAGCAAUAUCUGAUAGUCCUGUUAUAGUGCCUAAACUUCAAAAUAAUAAACAACUCCAAAAGAAUAGUGAUCAGUCCUUAGUUAUAGAUACAAGUAAGAAUUUAAUUCAUAAUAAACAACAUAAACAAAAUAAAAGCAAACCGGUUGUGCCUCAAAACGAAGAUUUAGAGAAAGUGUCGGAUGUUAUUUCUGAUUCUCAAAUCGUCGCGAUGACUGUUAGCAAUACCCCAGUGAUUACGUAUACGUCUGCUCCAGUGACUUCUCCUGAAUCUGCGUCUCCCAUUGUGCCGCCUGUUAUAGUACCUGCACCUCAACCACAAAGAAUACGAGAAAAUAGGUCUAGGGUAAAAUCAGAAGAAAAAGUAAAACAUGUGGAGCCACAAGAAACUAAUGAUUUGCCUGUUUCUAGUAAAUCAAAUGGACCUACAACUAAUGUUGUGAUUAGUUCAGUUGAUAGUUUGCAAGAAGUUAUCAACUCUCCAACUAGUCAAUACAAUAAAACAAUAGCAGUUGAUUUAAAUAAGAAGCAAACAACACCACUAUUGAUUCCGUUAGAUAUUGAAACGCAAGCAAUCGAAAUAAAUGUUGAUAAAAAGAAUUUAAGUGAACCUAUUGAAACAGUACCAACUGCCACAGAGUUAUUAUCAGCCAGCAUAGAGAAGGUUGCCAAGGAACUGCCUACUGCACCGGAAACAUCCGAAAGUAAAGAAGCAUCUAGUGCAAUACAAGCUCAAGCCAAGUUAACACAAAGUAUAGCCAGCUGUCUUCGCACUAAUCAACCUGAUUCUAAGAUGAAAGAUAUUAAUCUUAAUAAUAAGUCCACUGAUCCAGAUUCUGCUAAUGGAAAUGGUCUAAAGAUUGACAUUACUAAAGAAGAUAUAAAUAAAAAUGAAAAAAUUGUAAAAAAUUCUAAAAAUAGUAAUAAAAAAUCAGCUAAAAUGGCUAACAGUGACACAAAUUUAAUUGAGUCGAAUCCUUAUCAGAAUGGAAAAGACGAGACUGAUAAAGUCAAUAAUGCAAAACAUGAAAAGAGCUUGUUAUCACCUAAGGAAGAUGAGCUUGUGUCGAAACCCAUAGAAGUUUCUGAAACUCUUGUGACUCCAUCUGUAUUUGUGCCUAAAUACAAAUAUAGCGAAGAUCAAUGGUCUCCAAUAAACAAAUCAGGAAAGAAAUGUUAUAAUAUUGGCUUAUUAAAGCAAAUUAAGGAUGAUCCUCUGUCCAAGAACAAACCGAACGUACCCUUGCUAGAGACAUGCAACAUAAUAAAAACAAGUACAAUUCCAGAAACCAUAGCAUUCUCCCCUAUCACGAGACCAAUAAAUGAUUCUCUUUUCCCUCCAUUUGCAAAAAGUUCAACUAUAGGAACUACUAGAAGCAAUACUCCACGAGAUGCAAAGAAAGAUAGCAGAAACUUGUCUUUGGGAGGCAAAGGUAGUAUGAAAUCAAGUACAAGCCAAAAUAGCAAUAGUGGUGCUAAAAUAAUUCAUGUGGUGACCCUGUCACGUGAAGAAGUUAAAUUAAAUGAAGUUGACUCUGCUUGGAAGCCAUCUAGAUUUAGGAAAGAGACUCUUACGGAAGAUGCAUACAAAACUCAGGAACUAUACAAAAAGUUCCGAGGUAUUCUUAAUAAAUUAACACCACAAAAAUUUGAUACACUACUGGAAAAAGUGAAAACUUUAGAAAUAAAUAAUCAAACACGUCUUGAAGGCGUUAUUGAUCUUGUGUUUGAAAAGGCUAUAGAUGAACCCAAUUUCUCUGAAGCUUAUGCGGCUAUGUGUAACAAACUUUCAAUGCUCAAGGUUCCUGCUGAUAAGGCGAGUACUCCUGACCAAUGUGUUAAUUUCAGAGCACUCAUUAUCAGUAAAUGUCAAAAUCAGUUUGUAACAAAGAAAGUAGAUGACCAAGUAUUGAAAUUAGAGAAAGAAAUCGCUGAAUGUAAUGAUGCUACUAAAAAGAAGGAACUUCAGUUGAUUUUGGAAGAAGAGUAUAGACGUGCUCGCAUGCGGUCGGUUGGCAAUGUCAGAUUUAUUGGUGAAUUAUACAAAUUAAAAAUGCUUACAUCAAAAAUAAUGCUGUUCUGUAUGAACCAUUUGAUAGGAGAUAAAUUGGAAGAGGAAAAACUGGAAUGUUUGUGUAAACUUCUUACCACAAUCGGUGAACAAGUUGAGAAUGAAGUAAAAGAACUCGAUAACGUUUUUAAGAAAAUGCAAGACAUUAUUAAUGACCGCAAAAACAAUAAAAUUAGCAGUCGCGUAAGAUUUAUGAUUCAAGAUGUAAUUGAAUUAAGGAGACGAAAAUGGGUUGGUAGAAGUGUAGUCGAUUCUCAGCCGAAAAUGAUGGACCAAAUUCAGAAAGAGGCUGAGCAACAACAACGUCAAAUCGAGUUAUUGAAUUCUACACCUGUGAGUAGUUUCCGAAGUCGUGAUGAAGGUAGUCGUGGAAAACGUGGUGAAGGUCGUAGACAGAAUUCCAAUUCUUUCCAAAUGGAUAAUAGCAAUAUUUGGAAGUCUACAAAUCGUUACACAGUAGAUACAUCCAAGUUUAAAGCUGCUACUACAACAAGAAAUUUAAGUUCUAUCAAAUUGGCCCCGCCUGGUUGGAAUCAUGGAUCUGCAACAAAAACUAGUAUUCAUACUAGUAGUAAUCCAAUGAUUAAUCUCACGAAGAACAUGUAUAGUGUUUUAGAAAACAACCAAGCCGACCCAGUCAGCCUCAAAGGAAGUAAAGAUACACCCCCAAGCUAUCAUACAAAAGGUGCAUCUAUUGAGAGGUCUACAUUUAAUUCUAGAGGUGAUUUCAAUAGUGGCAGCGGUAGCCGUUCAGGUUCAAUGGGUGGAAUUCGUUCCAAUUCCGGAAGUCGUAGUGUAAGCGCUGUCCUGCCUACGCCAUCUGUUGUAACCGAGAUUUCAGCACCUGUUUCAGCGGCUGUUCCACAGGAACCACUGUCAGAAAAUAAGAAGAAGACAGUUCAUGCAAUGAUUGAUCUGUCCUUAAUGAACCCUGAUGAUAAUGAAUUAGUAGUUGAAGUUCAAAGGUUUGAAACUCAGUACCAUGCUGCAGUUGUUACUGAAAUACUCAAUAUGGCGCUGGAGAAAACACCGAAAGAAACUGCCAUGAUUUCAAAAUCACUGUUACAUUUAAUAAAUACAAAUACGAUAUCACCACGAAAUUUCGAAGUGGGUCUGACGGAAACUUUAUUGUAUGCACCUGAUUUAUAUAUUGACAUACCAAUGUUGUACGAAUAUUUAGGAAAGUUCAUUGCUCCACAAAUUGAAAAAAAACACAUCACAAUUUUACAAAUAUUUAAACUAUCAGAAAGUAUCAUUGCAUCAAAACAAGGUCAUUUAUUAUUAAAAGCAAUAAUCAGAGAUUUAAAAGAAAGCAUGGGACCUACUUUUGCAAAAAGUAAAUGGCAAGAAUCUGGUCUUCAAUUAAGACAAUGGAUGCAUGAGGAUCAGAUUUCAACCUGGCUAACGGUGAACAAUUUUGAAUUCUUGGAGGGUGCUACUAAAUAUUCCGAAGAAUCAAAGAAAAUAUUUACUCCAAAUGAGAUACAGAAGAAAUUAAUACAACUAAUGAAUUCUGAUGAGAAUUGUGACUGUAUAAAGGGUUGGGCAAGAGAUAACUUGGGCAAGUCGUCAAAUGAAGAUUGGUUUAUGAGGAUCCUAAUUCAAUCCAUAUGUGAACAUGCGCUAUUUGGGCCUGAAGGUCGCGAUACACCUCAUUUUAAUCAAGAACGUAUGAAUAAAUAUGCAGGACUUAUUAACGAGUUUGGCGAUUCGAAGGAUGCGAGAGAAGCCAGCUGUCUGUUUGGCAUACAACAGCUAAUACAUAGGCUAGAGCACCCGCAAGGUUUAACAUUGCAAAUUUUCCAAUAUUUGCACGAACAAUAUAUUAUUACUGUAGAAGGAUUUAUAGCAUGGGAGGAAUCAGAAAUGGAGCCAGAAGGAAAAGGAGUUAUGAUGAAGGCGCUCACGUCGUUCUUCACGAACAUUAAAGAAGCCGACGAAGGCGAUUCCUGCAGCGAGGACUGACGCGGGCAGCUCGCCUCGGCCGCGGAACCACGUCAACUGCCGCCGCCGCCGACUGCGUCAACUAUGACUCCGGCGCCUACAACUGAUUCAUUCGCUUAUAAUAUCUUCCUUAUUUUUAUAUAUUAGGAACAUCCUACACGGAAAUCAUAGAAUAUAUUGUAAUAAUUAUUAUUAUAAUGCUUUAUUCUAACAAGAAUUAGAAAGUUGUAUAAUAUUUUUUAAAACUAUGAUUAUUCAUCAAAAUUUCGAGCUAAAUGCUAAAUGCUUAUUAAUUUUUUUUUUAUUUUAUUUUUAUUAUUACUGAUAUUGGCUUGAGUUUGUUAGUUUUUUGAUAAAACUGAAAAUUUUUAACGUGUUGUCUGGGCAUACCAUUCGCAUUUUAUUUUUCAAAAAUUGUUAUGCCAAAAAUUUCAGUUUUUAUUUAAAUUAUUUCUGCUUAUUUUGUUAUAUUGGAUAAUUUAGUAUGUAUAAUUUUAAUAAUUAAUUGAUCGAAAUAUUUGUUGACAUUGCUAACUUAUAUAAUUAUUUGAAAUACUUUUGGUCAUUUUUAUCAUUCAUAACAUACAUAGUUUUGUUUUCCAGACAUUUAUAUAGAAAAUAAUAAUUAUAGACUUGUACACUAUAUAAAAAUAAUUAUGUACCCAAUUGAAUGAUUAACAUUUUAAUUUUUAAGUUUAAUAUCCAUAUAGCCUUGAAUGUUCUUUAUUUAUUAAUAUUUUUAUAUUAAUUAAUUGUUCGGAUAUUUUUGUGACAUUUUCGACUAUCAAGAUAUGAGAUCAAGAUAUAAUAAAAUUAUAUUUUCUUUUUCUAUUUUUAAAUAUAGAAUUGAAUUGUAUCUGUGACUUAUUUUAUUAUGUAUAUUUUAAUAUUAUAAUUUUAAAUAUUUAUUGUUUGGUGUAUCAUUUUUUCACUAGAAAAAGUAUGUUUCAUUGUUAUUUAUUUAAAAAAAAAAAUAUUUCUAGUGAAAAAUUUGCUGGCCAAAAGUAUUUCGAUCAAUGAGAUGACAUCACACAAUUUUAGUACAAGACAUUCUUGUUCUUUUAGUUUUAGUAAAUUCUAAUCACAAUAUAUCACAAUUAUGUAGGUUUACAGAAAUAAAUAUGUAUUAUAUUUUGUUGUA